UUUUGUAUCUUUCGAGAAUCUCUCGAUCCAUUUUCCAAGCACCCACCGCGCUCCCUCCGUCUCUUUAAUUUCAAAUUCUCCAUUUAUGUCUUUAUUUAUUACAACAUAAACGCCCCUAACAAUUUCUUCCAAACUUCUCCUUCAUUUUGGGCGGCUUUCUUUUUAUUCAAAUGGGUUUCCGAGUUUGAUCUGAAGUCUAGACCGUGCCUUGAUAUUCAUCAUGUCAUCUGUGAAUGCAUUUUUUGACGACUUGCAAAGCAAGCCCAAGGUUGUUGAUCCUCCACAAAAUGAAGACAUCGUGGAUUGUGAAUCUCUUAAUGAAGCUAAUCAAGCUACUGUUAAACCGAAUGUGACUGUGUCCAGCAAUGUUCGUGAGCUGUUGGAGUGCCCUGUUUGCUUAAAUGCAAUGUACCCUCCAAUUCAUCAGUGCUCAAAUGGACACACAUUGUGUUCUGGUUGCAAGCCAAGGGUGCACAACCGGUGUCCUACGUGCAGGAAUGAACUUGGUGAUAUUAGGUGUCUUGCGUUGGAGAAGGUUGCUGCAUCUCUUGAGCUUCCCUGUAAAUACCAGAGUUUUGGGUGCACAGGCAUCUAUCCGUAUUACGGCAAGCUAAAACACGAGUCCCAGUGCUCCUAUAGACCAUACAGCUGCCCCUAUGCUGGGUCAGAAUGCACAAUCAUUGGUGACGUUCCACAUCUUGUGGCCCACUUGAAAGAUGAUCACAAAGUUGACAUGCACAAUGGCUGCACUUUCAACCAUCGUUAUGUCAAAUCAAAUCCGCAUGAGGUUGAGAAUGCUACAUGGAUGCUAACGGUUUUCGGUUGCUUUGGUCAAUACUUUUGCCUGCAUUUUGAAGCCUUCCAACUCGGGAUCUCUCCUGUGUACAUAGCAUUCUUGCGGUUUAUGGGCGACGAUAAUGAAGCAAAAAAUUAUAGCUACAGCCUGGAAGUGGGUGGAAAUGGAAGGAAGAUGAUUUGGCAAGGGGUGCCAAGAAGCAUAAGAGACAGUCAUCGAAAGGUCCGUGACAGUUUCGACGGUCUGGUCAUCCAACGCAACAUGGCUUUGUUCUUCUCAGGGGGAGACCGGAAAGAAUUGAAGCUUAGAGUGACGGGAAGGAUAUGGAAAGAGCAGUGACGGUAACAUUUUUUGGUCCCCGUAAUCUCCGUUGAUUCUGCUUUGUUGUGAAGGCACGUAAGAAGUAGAUUGUUUGAUUCGGGUAGUUUUACAAGAUCUUCUGCGCAUGCAUCUGUUUCGGAUUGUAGGAGACAAACUCUCUUUGCUUGGGCAUGUAUGAGGUUCAUGAAUGGGAAGACGUAGCUUUUUU